AUGGGAAACUAUAAAUCUCGACCUCAUUUAACAUGUACAGAUGAGUUAAAAAAACGAAUAUCUGAAAGUUAUUCUAUUGUACGAUCAAAAUUAAACGAAGAUUCAAAACCAAGAAUAGGUCAAUGGAGUCCUCUACAACAAGCUGUAUUUCAAGGAUCAUUAAAAGAGGUUCAAGAAUUGUAUAAUGAUAAAAAACAACUUCAAGAAUUAUGCCCAUGUAGAGAGAUAACACUUUUACAUAUAGCAUCUAUAAGUCAUCAUCCUGAAACAAAAGAAAAACUUCAUUUUCUACUUACUGAAGCAUCAACAGAUGAUACAUUAUUAAGAUCUUUAAUAACAAAAAAAUCAAAAAACGGUUAUACAGCUCUUCAUACAGCAAUUUAUAAAAAUGACAUAUCUAUUGUUGAAAUACUUCUAUCAUUUUCAUUUAAUCCAAACGAGUAUUCUGAAAAUAUUCCACCACCAUUACAUCUUGCUUCAAUGUCUGGUAAUGCUGAAAUGGUAUCAUUAUUAAUAACAUCUGGUGCAGAUGUUCAUUCAUCUGAUUUUGUUCAUUUUACACCUUUACACUCAGCAACAUAUUUUGCUCAUGAAAAAGUUGUUGAAACAUUAUUAAAAUAUGGUUCUGAUCCUAAUUAUUCUGGUGGUAUAAAAGAUUGUUGUUUACAUAUUUCUGCAUCAAAAGGUAAUCUUCCUAUAACAAAAUUACUUCUUAAUGGUGGUUCUGAUCCAUUUCUUUAUGAUGAUGAAGGUAAUAAUGGAUUACAUUUUGCCUCAAAAUCUGGUCAUGUAACAUUAAUGGAAUGUGUUUUAAAAAAAGUUUCACCUAAUCAACAGGAUUUAAUAUUUAAGACAAAUAUUUAUGGUGAUACAUCACUUCAUACGGCAUGUUAUGCUGGUAAAUUAGAUUGUGCCAAAAGACUUUUUAUGAUUGCUGGUAGUAGUAUACUUACAAUAGAAAAUAGUUUUUCAGAGACACCAUUAAUGGCAGCAUGUACAGCUGGUAAAAGUAUUGAACUUGUUGCUUUCCUACUUCGGCAACCUGGUGUUGAUCCAAAUUAUCAGGGUAAAGAUGGUCAUUCAGCAUUGCACUCUGCAUGUUAUCAUGGACAUAUAAGAAUUGUUCAAUAUUUAUUAGAUAAUGGUGCUGAUCAAAAUAUAGCAGCUAAAAGUUUUGACACUGAUAAUGGUGGUUCUUAUUAUAAACCAAAUUCUGUUUUUUCUUUAAUGAAACUUGAUUCAAAUAAUAGUCUUAAUACUUCAUCAAAAAGUUCCUCAUUAUCUGGUAUUGAUGAUAAUUCAUAUAUCUCUCAGGCAUUUCAAACACCUAUAUUUUGGGCAUAUGAAAAAGGUCAUGAUCAAAUAGUUGCUUUAUUAAAAUAUUAUGCUUCAAAAAAAUUAGAUUCUGAUGUUGGAUCAGAAUACUCUUCCGGAAGUUCAAGUUACAUUCCAUUACCAUCACCAAUAGGAAAAUUAAGAUCUAUGACAAAAGAAAAAACAGAAAUAUUACAGUUACGUGCACGUUUACCUUUAUCAUUUCAAGUAAGUUUAUUGGAUGUUGAACUUCAAGAAGUUAUAGGAUCUGGAAGUUUUGGUAAAGUUUAUAAAGGUAUUUAUCGUGGUAUGCCUGUAGCAAUAAAAAAGUAUAAAGCAAUAUCAUUUGGUGCCAAAACAGAAGUUGACAUGUUUUGUAGAGAAGUUACUAUACUUUAUCAAAUGAAACAUCCAAAUAUUGUUGGUUUUAUUGGAGCAUGUCUUGAUGAUCCAAGUAGAUUUUCAAUUAUAACAGAAUACGUCUCUGGUGGAUCACUUUUUUCAUUAAUUCAUAAACAAAAACUUAACUUUGAAAUGAUAUUAAAAUUAAGUAUUGGUGUUGAUAUAGCUAAAGGAAUGCGAUAUUUACAUGAAAAAACACCUAAUCCUGUUCUUCAUAGAGAUUUAAAUUCACACAAUAUUCUUUUACAUGGUGAUGGAAGAGCUGUUAUCUCUGAUUUUGGUGAAUCAAGAUUUUCAAGACAAUAUGAUAAUGAUGAUCAUAUGACAAAACAACCAGGAAAUCUUCGUUGGAUGGCACCAGAAGUAUUUACACAAUGUUCUAAAUACGAUCAAAAAGUUGAUGUUUUUUCAUUUUCUUUAGUUUUAUGGGAAAUUCAUUCAUCAGAGUUACCUUUUUCACAUCUAAAACCUGCAGCAGCUGCAGCAGAAAUGGCUUACAAAAGAAGUAGGCCAUCUUUACCAUCAUACCCAACAAAUCAAUUUCCUGAUCAUAUUAUUAAAGUAAUAUCAAUGGCAUGGAAUCAAGAACCAACUCAAAGACCUACAUUUGCUGAAAUAAUAACAAUUCUUGAAAAACAUAUUGAUAAAGAAAAUAGGUAUAAUUUUAAUAUUGGAAAUAUUACAUCUAUAUUUGAUGACUUAAAUAUAACAGGAAAUGAUGAUGUAAAAGAAUUAUAUCCAAUUGGAAAUGUUUCCAAUUUAACAACACAAUGGGAAAGAAGACUCCUUCCUGAUGUCAAUCCAUUUGGAAUUAAUUUAAAAGAAACAUCAUUACAACAUAUUGAUAGUCAAUCAUCUAAUACAUCAACUAAUUCCUCAUCUUCAAAAACAAUUGAAGCUCUCAGGCAACGUUUAGAUUCCCAUGGUUAUGUUUCACAGGCAGCCAAAGCAAUAUCAGCAGCAAAAAAUGCCUCAGCUUUAAGAGAUAGUUUUAUCUUAGCAAGAGGUGAUUCAGUAGCUAAAAGGCAAAGUAACUUUGAAAAAGAUGAUGAGAUUCUUGAAAUUAACUCAACUUUUGCCAGUAUCUCAUCUAGCGGUGUAAAGACGGGUAGUGAAGAAACAUUAAAAGAAGAAUAA